AUGUCCACGGGGUUUUCCUUCGGGACCAGCACGCUGGGCUCCACCACCGUAGCCGCCGGCGGGACCGGCGCAGGCGGCGGUUUCUCCUUCGGGACUGGGGCGUCUAGCAACCCUUCGGUGGGGCUCAAUUUUGGAACUCUUGGAAGCACUGCAACUCCUGCAACUACAUCCGCUUCCUCAGGUGGUUUUGGAACUGGCCUCUUUGGACCGAAAUCUACCACUGGGUUCACUCUGGGAGGAACAAAUACAGGAACGCCAGCCACAACAUCCGCAUCUACGACGGGUUUCAGUUUAGGAUUCGCUAAACCUGCUGCGUCUGCCACACCAUUUGCUCUGCCCAUUACUUCUACCUCAGCUAGCGGUCUUACUCUUUCGUCUGCUCUGACGUCAACUCCUGCAGCAUCUACAGGAUUUACUCUAAAUAACUUGGGUGGAACAACAGCCACGACUACUACUGCAUCAACAAGCCUCUCUCUAGGGGGAGCCUUAGCUGGUUUGGGAGGUUCGCUUUUCCAGAGUUCGAACACAGCAACAUCAGGACUUGGGCAGAAUGCUUUAGGCUUGACUUUGGGAACCACGGCAGCUACUUCAACUGCUGGCAGUGAAGGCCUUGGUGGUAUAGAUUUUAGUAGCUCAUCAGAUAAAAAGAGUGAUAAAACAGGAACAAGACCAGAGGACAGUAAAGCACUGAAGGAUGAAAAUCUACCUCCUGUCAUCUGCCAGGAUGUUGAAAAUCUCCAGAAAUUUGUGAAGGAACAGAAACAGGUACAAGAAGAAAUUAGUAGAAUGUCUUCAAAAGCAAUGCUUAAAGUACAAGAAGACAUUAAAGCUCUGAAGCAACUUCUGUCACUAGCUGCCAGUGGGUUACAGAGAAACACUCUCAAUAUUGACAAGUUGAAAAUAGAAACUGCUCAGGAGUUAAAGAAUGCUGAAAUAGCGUUAAGAACCCAGAAAACACCACCUGGACUCCAACAUGAAAACACAGCUCCCGCCGACUACUUCAGAAUCUUGGUUCAGCAGUUUGAGGUACAGCUUCAGCAGUACAGACAGCAGAUUGAAGAGCUAGAAAACCAUCUUGCCACACAAGCAAAUAACUCACAUAUAACCCCUCAAGAUUUGUCAAUGGCUAUGCAGAAAAUUUAUCAAACAUUUGUAGCUUUAGCUGCACAACUUCAGUCUAUUCAUGAAAAUGUAAAGGUGCUAAAAGAACAGUACCUUGGCUACAGGAAAAUGUUCUUGGGAGAUGCUGUAGAUGUGUUUGAAGCCAGGCGAGCAGAAGCCAAGAAGUGGCAGAACGCACCCAGAGUUACUACUGGACCCACCCCUUUCAGCAACAUGCCAAACGCGGCAGCCGUUGCCAUGGCUGCAACUCUUACACAGCAGCAACAGCCUGCUACAGGGCCACAGCCAUCUCUGGGAGUUAGUUUUGGAACACCAUUCGGCUCAGGUAUUGGCACUGGCUUGCAGUCAAGUGGCUUAGGUUCUUCAAACCUUGGAGGAUUUGGAGCUAGCUCUGGUUUUGGAUGCAGCACCACAGGGGCCUCCACAUUUGGAUUUGGAACAACAAAUAAACCCUCAGGAAGUCUUAGUGCAGGCUUUGGCAGCUCAAGUACAUCUGGGUUUAACUUCAGCAAUCCUGGCAUCACGGCAUCAGCUGGUUUGACAUUUGGGGUGUCCAAUCCUGCCUCUGCAGGUUUUGGAACAGGAGGACAACUCCUUCAGUUGAAGAAACCUCCAGCUGGAAACAAAAGAGGAAAAAGAUAA